UUUUAACAUCUCUUUUGUUGGUGCUGGCGAAAUGAUCUCUGAUUUCUAUCGAAAAGGACACAGAGCAGGAGGAGGGGGGAAAUCAGCAAAGGCAGCGCGUUUCCUCUGCAAGUUCAGGGAAGUUUAUAAAGUCUGUGUAACUUCCUCUCGGGUGCGUCCAAUUCUUGCCACCUUGGGAGAAAGAGGGGCCCCCGCCCCCUCGGGCUCCGGGUGAAAACCCCUCUCUGGACAUCUCUCUGGCUCUUUCUCCGCACGAUCCGGUUCCCUUUAACGUGUCCUCUUAGGCGCUCCUCUUGGCACCCGGCUGCGCUCUGCCCAGUUGGCAACGGGCGCACGUCGAAAACACCUCGGCCAGUUUGUUACGGGUGUUAUUUCCGACGGAUUCAGUUUAAAAAGGGGUUUUCUUUUUUUUCUUUUUUUAGGAGAGAGAGAGAAACAUUUUUUCAAAAAAACUGAAGAGGGCAGGCAGGAAGGAGCUCUUGCAAAAAAAGCAAAUAUAUGACUCAACAAUGUUUGUGUUUUGGUUCUGGGUUUUUCGUUGCGCGCGCGGCGGAGCGGCGUCCGAGGGCUUGAGCGCCGUCGUUGCCAAGCGGCGGUCGCUCGGCAGGGGGCGCUGCGCGGGGUCCGAAAAAGCCUCCUGCCGCUGUCGGCGGAGUCGGCGUGGAUUGUGAACACAAUGUUAAAAAGCGGCCGGGGAGUCCGAGGAGCCCUCAAAGCCCCUGCGCGAGCCGCCCGGAGCCCGCCGAGCUCUGUCUGCUGUUGCUGCUUCAGACGGCAAGGACGGCGACGGCGAGAGGAUGGAGCUGAGGGCGGCCGCGGCGCUUUGCCUCUACUGCCUCUGGAGCGCUUGCCGCCUACGCCCGUGGCAGCUGGACGCCGCCGCCGUCAGGCCCCUGCUGCCCGCCUCGGCAGCGCAAGCGGCAGCCGCCGACAAGGAGAACCUCGACGUCAGAGACGCCGCCGCCUCGGCAGCCUGGAAGGCGAAGCGCGAAGGCGCGUUCCGCAACGGCACUGUGGUGCCUCACGACUACAUGGUAGCGCUUUACCACAGCCUGGCCCGGAGCAAGGAGCCUCCUGUGCCCGCCGUCGAAGGAGGCGGACGAGCGGACACCGUCACGGGCUUCGUAGACCAGGCGCAGCCGCGAGAUGACUCUCCGUCGGAAGUGGCGCAGCGCUACCUCUUCGACAUCUCCAGCCUGCCCGAGCUGGACGAGGUGGUGGGCGCCGAGCUGCGGAUCCUGCGCAAGCCCCCGGGAAACCGGAGCUUGGCCACCUCCCCAGAAGGCCUCCUUCACCGGCUGCUGCUCUCCUCCUGUCCGGAAGGGGAAAGCCACCAACCGGGCCUCUUAGACUCCAGGGCCGGCGACCUCUUGGACUCCGAAGGCCUUUCUUCCUCGUCGCCCAACAAGUGGGAAGUCUUCGACGUGUGGGCAGCCUUGACGGGUGGGGCCGAGGAAGCCGGCAGCCCCCGCCACCCCCGUCCGUCGCUUUGCUUCCUCCUGAGGGUCGUCUCGGAGCAGUCCGGGAGACUCCUCCCGCCGGGACAGCUGGGCUUCCGCAGAGAGCAGCCGUCGGAGCCGCACGAGAGGGCGCUGCUGGUGGUCUUCUCGCGCACCAAGCGGAAGGAGAACCUGUUCAAGGAGAUCCGAGAGAAGAUCAAGGCUCUGGGCGGCGGUCCCGGGCUCUUGCUGGAGCCCCCUGACUCGGGACAAGAUCCCCUAGCCAAGCAGCAGCGGCGGCGCCGUCGGAGGACCACGCUGGCGGGCCGGGCGGCCGGGGGGCGAGGCCACGGCAAGAAGGCCAAGAGCCGCUGCAGCCGGAAAGCCCUGCACGUCAACUUCAAGGAGCUGGGCUGGGACGACUGGAUCAUCGCGCCCCUGGACUACGAGGCGUACCACUGCGACGGCGUGUGCGACUUCCCUCUGCGCUCGCACCUGGAGCCCACCAACCACGCCAUCAUCCAGACGCUCAUGAACUCCAUGGACCCCGACGCCACGCCGCCCAGCUGCUGCGUGCCAUCCAAGCUCAGCCCCAUCAGCAUCCUGUACAUAGACUCCGGCAACAACGUGGUUUACAAACAGUACGAGGAUAUGGUGGUGGAGACGUGCGGCUGCAGGUAGCGGCAUCGGAAGAAGCGAAGGCCUCUCCUACUCCCCCCAAUCCUCGCUUGCUUCGCUUCCCCGGCUCAGUGGCGCGCCUCUUGCAUGCAGCGAGUUAAGAAGAUGCCAAGAUUCGCCUCGAUGUCCUGCCUUUGGCUGCCUGGUCCGACGGCACUCGUGCAUUGUGCGUGUGUGGCAUAAAGAGGAGCCAUCUUCUUAGGACCCUUCCCCAUAUAAUAUUCGAGGGCGCCUGCCCCCUCCCCAAAGUUGAUAGGCACUGCCAUUCAAAUGGUGUGCCUGCCCAUCAUCAUGUGAUCCGAUUAUGUGAGGCGGAGCUUCCCUGCCCCCCCCCUCAAUAUUUUGUUCCAGUUGGCACCGCUGGCAUGUGGAAAAGGGGCGAUUUUGCAGGCUUCGUCUCUCUUUUCCUCCCUCCCUCUGCAGAUGCUAGUGACCUUUCCCCCCUAGACAAUGAGUGAGUGACCUAGCACCCUUCUGUAAGUCUGCACCCCACCAAAUGGGCACUUUAAGAGAAGGAAAUGGGAUGACAGUCUCAAGAACACCUUUGCCAACCAGUCUAGGAGGUUAGCUGAGGUGAACCGUUGUGCGUGUGUGAGUGUGUGUGUUUAUGAAUAAUCUGAAGUAGUGGUUUUCAAGCUUUUUAUCUCCAGUGAAGCCAUUUCACAUUCA